AUAGCUCCAAUGGCUGCAAAGCAAACAGAGUUGACAGACGAAGGGAAAGAUGAUGGAGAUGAGGAAUUUGAAGAUGCAACGGAAACAGUACCAAUGCCUGAUGAUUGGACGCUAUCCUCCAUGAUUGACCAGACAAGAGUGGCCUUGCAUCUGUUUCUCAACAAUAGAUUCUCUGAGGCCAAAAAUCGAAUGGAACCUUUUGCUGAUAGAAGUAUGUACCAUGCCCUGGGUUACAGUACCAUUCUGUAUAUACAAGCUGUUAUGACCUUUGAUAUGCAAGAUAUAGAACAAGCUAUUCAAGCUCUAAAGAAAGCCAUUGCUGUCUGUGAUCGUUACAGACACAAGUUCUCCAUGCUGGAAAGUCUGUCCAAGUCCAGAUCGAGAGCUAUUUAUAAUGAUCUCACUGAAGAGGAAAUCCAUGCUGAACUGUGCUAUGCUGAAUGUCUACUCCUUCGAGCUUUGCUGUCAUUUGUUCAAGAUGAAAAUUUAUUGAGUUUUGUUAAAGGAGGACUGAAAAUUAGAGAAUGUUAUAAAAUUUAUAAAGAAUGUAAUAAAAUGAUGGAAAGACCCAAGUUCACGGAAGAGAAACAAAAGACACAUUUUGCAACAGGUGUGAAGAUGGGUGUUGGAACAUUUAAUCUAAUGAUCUCAUUGUUACCUAGUAAAAUUCUCAAGCUCCUUGAAUUUGUUGGUUUCUCUGGAAACAAGAUGUAUGGGUUGAAAUGUCUAUCUGAAGGCAGCUAUGACCUUGCUAGUCUACGAGGCCCACUGUGUUCUAUAAUUAUGAUGGCAUAUCACACUGUUGUUUGCUAUAUCCUAGGACUUGCAGAUGGUGACAUCAAUUAUGCUGCAGAAUUGUUAAAACCCUGUCUGGAACAGUACCCCAAGGGUGCCCUGUUCCUGUUCUUUGCUGGGAGGAUUGAGGAAGUGAGGGGGAACAUUGAUCAGGCCAUUGUAAAAUUUGAGGAAUCCAUAGAAUGCCAACAGGAAUGGAGACAGUUUCACCAUUUAGGCUACUGGGAACUUAUGUGGUGUCACUGCUUCAAAGGAGACUGGCUGAUGGCGAUGAAAUAUGCAGAAAAAUUGUGUAAAGAGAGUCGGUGGAGUAAGGCUACGUAUACAUACCAGAAGGCAUCAUUCCUCCUGAUGUGUGAAGACCAGACAGAGGAAACAAAGGAGCACAUUAAAUUACUAUUCAAAGAUGUUCCAAGAUUAAAGCAGAGAAUUGCUGGUAAAUCUAUACCAAUAGAAAAAUUUUCUGUCCACAAAGUCAAAAGAAUCCUUGAACACAAAGCUGACAUUGUUUUACCGGCUCUGGAACUUGUUUAUGUAUGGAAUGGAUUCAGUAUCUUAGGAAAGCGAGAAGAACUGGUAGAUCCUGUAUUGACUAUUGUAGAGAGUACAAUAAAUGACAUCCUAAAGGGCUCUGAAACAGAUCCAUUUUAUCAUGACAACUAUUCCUUGGUCAUUCUUCUGAAAGGAGCAUGUUUGAAAUGUAAGGGUCAAUACAUGCAGGCAGAACAAUGCUUCAAAGAAGUCCUACAAAGGGAAAAGCUGAUAAAACAUGACACAUACUUGGUACCAUACACUACAGUAGAGCUGGCUCUGCUGUACCUGAAACUGGAUGAUAAGACACAGGCUCUGCAUUACCUAGAUCAGGCAAAGAAAAAUUACAAAGGUUAUUUAUUGGAGUCCAGACUACACUUUAGAAUCCAUGCUGUCAGGCUUCAACUGAAUGGUUCCAGUAAUGGGAGUCUGCCAGUAGAAAAUGACUUGGACUCCGAUCUAGUUCUAAAUGAAGAAUCAAAUAUCACUGAUGUCCCAAAUGAUGAGGACGCUCCUUCAGUGUCUACAAAGCUAUAACAGGGAUAGCUGUCUGUUAGAUAGUAUUAUUGAUUGACUAGUCUCAGUUUGAACAGUGACAGUUCUAAUUACUCAUGUUUAGUGUUCAUUGAAUUUGUCAUAAUUAAAGUCUAUUGCAUUUUUAAUUUUAAAACCAUUCCCAAAAGUAACUCCAAAAUUAAAAACUGUGAUACUUUUGUCCUUAGAGACACAUUCCACUAUAACCUCCCUGUUUUUGACAAUGUGUUAAAGCAGAAAUGAGGUUUUUUGAUCGAAGUUUGUUCAGCUGUCAUCAUUAGAACUCCAGUUAUUUACGUGAACUUUUAUGAAAUCAUCCCUAAUGAAGACAUUGUUUGGGACCAAUGCUAAAUGUACAUAGUAAAAAGAAAGAAAAACAUUCCAUACUUCUAUCACUCAAAUAUUGUUUCUUUAAUUCCAAAACUAACUUUGUAAAAGGAAGAAAGUAAAAAGGUAAAAUUUUUAAAUUUUUGUGUCCAACAAGCCAUAGGUUUUUAUGUCCAUUCUAUUUCACAAACCUUUGGAUAAAUGGAUACAACUUUGGACUUGUGACAAUGAUAUCUUUUAAAUCUAUUUCUUAUCUCUCUGCCCAAAGAAUUGGAAUUGUGUUGCCUUGAUAAAGUGAGCAUAGUGGUCCUUAAAGAUAAUUUAUUCUGUAUUUAAGCUUGCUGGUACAAACUUUUUUUUAGUCUAUAACUCUAUAUUGAUGCUUUGUUUCUGUGUUUUAAUAUUAUUUUCAGGGUUUUUUGUUUUGUAUCUAUUUAAAGUUAAGUUCCAUUUAAGAUUUUUUUUAAUGAAGGUUUACUAUAUUGUAGGUACAAUAUGUAGUGUUUGAAGGAUCUCUGUAGCUCUAGCCUUUUUGGAUUAUUUUUUAUACAGUAUGUAUAACCUACAAAUGCUAUUAAAUUUUUUAUGAACUAGCAAGGAUUUCAAACAGUUUUAUACAGAAAAUUUAUAAUGUGUAAAACUCAUGGCAAAUGAAACCGAAAAAGAUUUAUAUGAUUUUGACAAAUAAAUAAAUGCACUAAAUUAUUUUCUGCCUGAUGUAUAAGUAUUGUUCUUAUUUUCCACGUGAAAUGUAAAAUAACCUGCAUUAUAGAGGGGUAUUCAAUUGAAUUAUUCAGAUUAUCAUUAUUAUCCUGUCGUAAAAAGUUCCUGCAUGUGUACACAUUUAAUGUAAUGUACAAUUGUAUUUUCUUAACAUUUUAUUUUGUUGUUUCCAUGGCAAGACAGCACUUGGAAGUAUAACUCUUUAACUGAAAUUACUCAUUAAAAUGAUAGUGCUAGGGUAAGAGAAUACUUUACAAAAAACAAGAAAGAAAGAGUACAUGAAAAUGACAAGGCAAAUAAUCAAAGCUGUUUCCAGUAUUAAUUGAAUAGUUGAAACUUGAAAAGAAAUCAAUAUCUGUUCUCAUGUAGUUAUAUUUAUGUAAUGUUAAUAAAAUAAGCAUAUAUAUGAUG